CGUUUUCUUGUCCUACCUCGAAUACAAUAUAAAUAAAUACUUUUUUUGUUUUUUUUCUCUCUUCAACAAUGACGCCAACCAUGGAUCAUGUAGUAUCACAUUAUAUCUUCUCAAGUCAUCCACGUAACAAGGCCAUUGUUGACAUUAAAAAUAAAAAGACGGGCCAACUUUGCUUUAUUAAAAUCAGGCACCGACUCUCCAAGUUUUAUGCUGUCAGUCUAGUGGAUCCAGUUACAUUUGAGGCCUCUGUUGAAAUACAGGCACCCAGCGCCACGUCUCGAGUUAAACCAAUGACACUUCAUUUCGACAACAAGACAGAUAUCUUGAUUGAUUUUCGUGAAACAGCUCGUCUUGGUUUUGAAUGGAGUUUUGAAUGGGAAGGAGAAAAGUAUCGAUGGUAAAAUGGGUGUUUGAAUAUAAUAGAAGUACACUGAUGCGUUUCUAUUAGGAUGCGUCAAAGUAGAAUGAGUCAAAUACUUGAAUGCAAAGCCAUACGAAAGACAGGUUAAAAAAACAAUACGAAAUAAGGGUACUAACCAUGUCUGCAUAGGUGAUAUUUGUGUGGCUCAAU